AUGUUUCAAUAUCUAUCUAUCUAUCUAUCUAUCUAUCUAUCUAUCUAUCUAUCUAUCUAUCUCUCUCUCUCUCUCUCUCUAUAUAUAUAUAUAUAUAUAUAUAUAUAUAUAUAUAUAUAUAUAUGUCAAAAUAUCUAUCUAUCUAUCUAUCUCUGUCAAAAAUAUCCUCACUUAUAUCUUAAAUAUCUGACUUUCUGUCUGUCUGUCACUAUAUUUCAAUAUCUAUCUAUCUAUCUAUCUAUCUAUCUAUUUAUCUAUCUAUCUCCUCUUAUAUUGGAUAUAGAAAAUCUUCGCUUUCAUUCCCUCUCUGAAUUAGUCUCCUCCACUCUCCCUCUAUCUCUCUCUUUCUUUGUUAUUCUCCAUCUUGCUUUUUCCUUUCUUUCUUUUUUCUUUCAUCUUCCUAAUUUUAUGUGCUUCUCUCUCUCUCUCUCUCUCUCUCUCUCUCAUUAUUCUUUGAACUUCUCUCGCUCACACAUUUCCUUCUUUCACCAUUUCUUUUUCUUUCAUUCUUUUAUUUUUUUAAAAUUUAUUUUUCUCUUUUACUUUGAUAUUCUCUCAUGCAUCUCUCUCUCUCACUUCGUUCUAUGUUAUUAUCUGUUCCUUUUAUUUUCUGUUCACUUUCAUUUUUUUAUAUCUAUCUAUCUAUCUAUCUAUCUAUCUAUCUAUCUAUCUAUCUCUCUCUCUCUCUCUCUCUCUCUCUAUAUAUAUAUAUAUAUAUAUAUAUAUAUAUAUAUAUAUAUAUAUAUAUAA